GACCACUUUACUGAAAAUCAAUCUUUACAUCCAUUAUAUAUAUAUAUAUACAUAUACAUGUAUAAUGUGUAGAUACAUAUAGAUAAAAGUUUGGGUUCCACCAAAACCAUGGAUAUUUGGGAUUCUAGUAGUAGUAAUAUUGCUGUCAUCACCUCAGAGUUCAUCACUUUCUAUUCUUUUGGCAGUGUUAGUGAUUGCAGUUCCUUAAAUUCAUCAUUCUCAGCUGCUUUGUCUCUUUCCUUUUCUGCUUUUCAAUGCCUCAAUUCCACCAUUUUUCUUGAAGGAGGAAGGGAUUAAUUGAUCACCCUUCUGAAUUCUGCAUUUCUGCCUGUUUUUUUUGUUGUUUGUUUAGUGUAAUCCAUACCUUUCUCUCUUUUCCCUUAAAGUUUGGAACUUUGUGGCAUUUGUUUGCAAGAAUGCCUUGUCUCUUUACUUUUCUGCUUUUCAAUGCCUCAAUUCCACCAUUUUUCUUGAAGGAGGAGGGGAUUAAUUGAUCACCCUUCUGAAUUCUGCAUUUCUGCCUGUUUUUUUUGUUGUUUGUUUAGUGUAAUCCAUACCCUUUCUCUCUCUUUUCCCUUAAAGUUUGGAACUUUGUGGCAUUUGUGUUGCAAGAAUGCUGUGUUCUUCCUUAUCUGGGCUGAUUCAUCAGGCAGCCAGGAUGGGUUCUUUGGAGAAUUUAUGCAGGUGUGGUUUUGAUGGUCGUCUUGGAUGUUGGAUUGGGAAUGAAAAACACAAGAAGAGGAGGCUGAGCAUUGCCCCUUGGAUUGCUUCUGCUCUUGCUGAAACCCGAAAUUCGUCUAGAGCUGAGCUCUAUGCAGAGGUUUUGAAAGAUGCUAGGGAAAAGUUUACACGGGAGGUAUCUUUGCGAACGAAGGAUAAAGAAAUAUCCCUAGCAAAGGCUUUGCUUUAUGUUGGUGCCGAAGAUGAGGUGUUCAUGGCUUUCAACCGGGAGAAGGAUGCUUACGCAGUCCAAAGUGAAAGUACGUCUCUGUUACCGUCCUAUACUCCAGAUUGGCAACACGUCGAGGCCAUGCCUCUUGCGGGAAAAAGUAUGAAUCAGUGGUUGGGCGAGCUGGAUGCAAUUGCACGAGAAGUCGAGGCAGAGCUAGUUUCGCGGGAAAUAGGGUGCCAUUUGAGUGAGGUUUUGGACGCGGUGAACAUAGUCCUUUUCGAGUUGAGAGGUUUCAAAAGGUCACAUGUGUUGGUAGAUUCCAAAGGUCUAUACCUGCACUCGGUAUUAGGCUCGGGAUCUUGCAGCGCGAUUUUGCUCAGUAUUGUUUAUAUUGAGGUUUGUCGAAGACUUAAUCUAACUGUUUUGGGAUCCCGAGUUGGGGAAGAGUUUUUGAUAUGGCCCCAGACAGGAAACCCCGAGGAGCUAUUCAAGAUUACUUGCGGGCACAGUUUGUUUGGUAUUGUUAACGGGAAGUGUGUGGAGGACCCUCGAUCGAAGGCCUCAGACAUAAAUAGCAAUUCACUUCUAGGACUCGAGGUUGCAACGAACCGAGAUAUAAUUGGAAUCGCUUUGGCCAAUUUGAUUAGGUUUCAUUGGAAACGUGCCUCGAGAGCAAACCAUGGUCUGAUGCUGAGUUCUCCGCUUAGGUCUGUUCGUGAUGCUGACGAAAGAUCUAGCAAGAACGACGUGGCUUCGAAUGUCCCCUUGUUACGACCUCAAGAUCUAAGGCUGGCUAUUAUGGCAUCAGAAAGAUUGCUUAUUCUGCAGCCACACAAUUGGGCUCUGAGACGAGACUAUGGCAUGAUGUUGUACUAUAGUAGGGAAUACGAGGCAGCUGUGCAGGAGCUUAGCAUCUGUAUGGCCUUCGCCCCUGAAGAGGAAGCAGAAGUUUUGGAGCCAUUCGUCGAGAAGUUGCAUCUGUUGCGCCUCGAAUCCUCGUGGAAGUCCCGGGGACAUAAAGGCCGGCUUACAGUUCCUUAACAGCGCUGAUCCAUUUGUAGAAUGUCGCGGUUUUCUGACAUGUUAAGCUUUCAGCAAGGCGUAGAAUUAGCCUUUCUGGUUUCUGUAAAUACUUCCUGUAGUUGUUGGAACCAUAAUGUCCAUGAGACAAUGAUGUAUGUAGAAGUAGAUCAGAUGAAGCUUAAAAAGCUAUCAGAUCAUAAUGUUAAUUCUCAGUUUCAUGUGAAGAAAUAACAGCCAUGGCAAAUGACCUUUUAAAGGGAAUUUCCUGUGUAUUUCUCAUGCUGAUGAUUUUGAGGAGAUGAACAUUGCAGUUUUUUGUUUUGUUUUUUUUAGUAAGAUACGAAAUGUAUGGUCAAAUAUUCAAUAUGA